AUGAGUGUAUUGCUUGUUGCGGAACAAAAUAGCGAUCUUUUGUUGAAAAAUCACAAUCUCAGACCAACUGGGUCUUUGGCCACUCAUCAUGAGGCAAAUGCAACAAGUUCUUAUCCACUCGAGGCAAAUGCUACACGAAGAGGUGGACGUGGAAAUUACAAUGGCCGUGGAAAAGGUCGUGGAAAUUAUCGCGGACGAGGCCGAGGACGUGGUAGAAACAAUUUUCAAAGAAACAGUAAUUUCAAAAAAUUUGAAAAACAGAAGGGACAGUCAUCUGGAAGCCACAAACAAACUCUUUCAAAAGGAAAAGACACAUGUUACAGAUGUGGCAUGACAGGACAUUGGGGACGUACUUGUCGUACGGCCAAACAUUUGGUAGACCUUUACCAGGCUUCUGUAAAAGGCAAAGAGAAAAAUGCAGAAGCAAAUUAUGUUAAUGAAGAAAAUGCUCCAUGUCCUACCCUUGAUGUGUCCGAUUUCUUCAUGGACAAUGCUGAAACUGGGAAUGAUUUCAUCUUUGGAGAAAAUAACAAUGCUUAA